AUGUCGUGGGGCCUGGGCUGGAAGCGCAGCUCCGAGAUCUUCCACCUCACGCUCGACUAUGGGGACUACGACGACACCGACGACCAUCAGCCCUCGUCCCCGCCCCCUCCGGCGUCCUCUUCCCCUUCCUUCUCGGCAUCGUCGACCCCUGUAUCCUCCUCCUCGCCCACCGCCACCCGCAACGGCGACCUCGGCUUCCGCAUCGAGCUCGACUGGUCGGCGGGGGACGACGAGGAUCAGGUCGCGCUACGCCUCCAGUCCCAGCUCAUGGUCGCGCUGCCCCCGCCCCACGAUGCCGUCUCCAUUGACCUGACCCCGAUGGACGACGGGGGGGAGGAAGGGGUGCGGAUCGAGAUGCGUGUAGUCAGGAGGCGGGAGGCGCUGCGAUCCGUGCGCGUGUCGCGGGCCCCCGGGUCCGCGCUGGGCAGCGGCGAUGGCGCGGGGGUGCUCUCACGCCUCAUCAGAUCCAACCUCGCGCCCGCGCCUGCCGUGGAUGGCCCCACAGCCGCCGCGGGCGUGCCCGUGCUCGCGGAUCACUGGCGACCCGUCGCCAUGCUCAGCCUCUGCAACUGCGGAAUGUCGGUGCUUCCAGUUGAGUUAACUCGCCUUCCACUUCUGGAGAAGCUAUAUCUUGACAACAAUAAAUUGUCAGUUUUGCCCCCUGAAGUUGGUGCUUUGAAGAAUAUGAAAGUGCUGUCUGUUAACAACAACAUGCUAGUUUCUGUCCCUGUAGAACUGCGGCAAUGUGUUAUGCUGGAGGAGUUAUCAUUAGAACAUAACAAGCUUGUCCGGCCACUAUUGGAUUUCAGAUCAAUGCCCAAGCUCCGAAUUUUGCGCUUGUUUGGAAAUCCUCUAGAGUUUCUUCCAGAAAUUUUGCCACUGCAUAACCUCAGGCAUCUCACACUUGCAAAUAUUAGAAUUGAAGCAGUGGAAAGUCUUAAAUCUGUCACUGUACAAAUAGAGACUGAGAAUAGUUCCUACUUCAUUGCGGCCAGGCACAAACUUAGUGCCUUUUUCUCUCUUGUUUUCCGUUUCUCUUCCUGUCACCAUCCUUUGCUAGCUUCUGCUUUGGCCAAAAUAAUGGAAGAUCGUAGCAACCAUAUUGCAAUUAGCAAAGAAGAGAAUGCUGUCAGGCAGCUUAUAAGCAUGAUAAGCAGUGAUAAUCGUCAUGUGGUUGAGCAAGCAUGUCUUGCUAUUUCAUCACUGGCAUCUGAUAUUUCUUCAGCAAUGCAGCUGAUUAAGUGUGACAUUAUGAAGCCUAUUGAAGCUGUACUAAAAUCAUCUGAUGAAGAAGAACUAGUAUCAGUAUUGCAAGUGGUAGUCACCUUAACUUUCGUUUCUGAUCAUGUUGCUCAAAAGAUGUUGACAAAAGAUGUGUUGAAGUCAUUGAAAGCACUUUGCGCACACAAGAACUCUGAGGUGCAACGUCUAUCUCUGUUUGCAGUUGGCAAUUUGGCUUUCUGCUUGGAGACUCGUCGCACCCUCAUGCAUUCUGAAAGCUUGCGUGACCUUUUAAUUCGCUUAACUAUUUCACAAGAGUGUCGUGUCAGCAAGGCAGCUGCACGUGCUUUGGCAAUCCUAGGGGAGAAUGAGAACUUGCGUCGAGCAAUAAGAGGAAGGCCAGUUGCAAAGAAGGGUCUACGCAUUUUAUCAAUGGAUGGUGGUGGCAUGAAAGGCCUUGCAACUGUUCAAAUGCUUAAACAGAUAGAGCAAGGAACUGGGAAACGCAUACAUGAAAUGUUUGACCUCAUAUGUGGUACAUCCACUGGUGGCAUGCUUGCAAUGGCUCUUGGGAUCAAGCAGAUGACUUUGGAUCAGUGUGAAGAAAUAUACACAAAACUUGGAAAACUUGUAUUUGCUGAACCUAUCCCAAAGGACGAAGCUGCUACGUGGAAAGAGAAGAUUGAUCAACUUUUCAAAAGUUCAUCACAAAGUUUUAGAGUGGUUGUACAUGGGUCCAAGCACAGUGCAGAUCAAUUUGAGUGGUUACUAAAGGAGAUGUGUGCCGAUGAAGAUGGUGACCUUCUAAUUGAAUCUGCUGUAAAAGGCAUUCCGAAGGUUUUUGCUGUAUCCACUUUAGUCAGUGUCAUGCCUGCUCAACCGUAUAUAUUCCGAAACUAUCAGUAUCCUCCUGGCACCCUGGAGGUAUCACCAGGAAUGGCAGAAAGUCCAUCAAUUGGUGCAAUUGGUACGGCUGUUUCUGGUGCGCCAGUUGGUAUUAAACGUGGUGCCUUCAUGGGCAGCUGCAAGUAUCGCGUGUGGGAAGCGAUAAGAGCAUCGUCUGCGGCACCAUAUUAUCUGGAUGAUUUCUCUGUAGAUGCAAAUCGUUGGCAAGAUGGAGCUAUUGUAGCCAACAAUCCUACAAUCUUUGCCAUUAGAGAAGCACAACUUUUGUGGCCAGAUACACGAAUAGAUUGUCUAGUCUCGAUAGGAUGUGGCUCAGUUCCAACUAAGAGUCGACGAGGUGGAUGGCGCUACUUGGACACAGGGCAAGUGUUAAUAGAAAGUGCAAGCUCAGUGGAGAGAGUUGAAGAAACUUUGGAUACACUGAUACCGAUGCUUCCUGAAAUGCAAUAUUUCCGCUUUAAUCCAGUGGAUGAACGGUGUGGUAUGGAGUUAGAUGAAACUGAUCCUGCUAUCUGGCUUAAGUUGGAAUCUGCAACUGAUGAGUACAUUCAGAAGAACUUUCUGUCUUUCAAGAAUCUUUGUGAGCUUCUGGUCCCAAGGUACCAAGAGGAAGAAAAGUCAUCAGAUAUUUACAAAUCCCUUUCAUUUUCAAGACUGACAUUGUUAAAUCAAGGUUUCAGCGAAAGUAAUCCUACCUUAGGAUGGAGGCGUGUGGUUUUACUUGUAGAGGCUUCAUUUAAUCCUGAUUUUGGGAAGAAAAUUAAUCAUGCACGUUCCCUUGAAUCUUUCUGCUCCCAGAAUGGUAUUAGGUUAGCUGUAAUGAAUAGCGCUUCUGGGUUUGGGAAGCCAGCCACUGCACUUCCUACCCCAAUAACUUCUCCCUUGUUUACUGGAAGUUUCCCAUCUAGUCCACUUCUAUAUAGUCCAGAGGGCACUCAACGAAUCGGUCGAAUUGACCUAGUUCCUCCACUUAGUUUGGAUGGCCACCCAACUACAAAGUCCUCACCACCAACAUCACCAUUGAAGUCAAGACAGCCAUCUGCACAUGUUCGGUCAUUGUAUGAUAAACUGCAGAAUAUGCCUCAAGUGGGUGUGAUACACUUGGCUCUUCAAAACGAUUCAACUGGUUCAGUAUUGAGUUGGCAGAACGAUGUAUUUGUGGUUGCUGAACCCGGGGAACAUGCAGACAAGUUCCUGCAGUCUGUCAAAACUAGCUUGUCAACCUUGUUGCGUGGGCGUAAUAGAAAGGGUGCAUAUUCCUUGUCCAAGAUUUCAUGUUUAUCUGAGUUGGUUGCCGAAUGGCCAUCUUUUGAAAUCGGUGGGAUACACCACCGCUAUAUAGGUCGACAAACACAGGUAAUGGAGGAUAACCAAGAAAUUGGCGCAUAUAUGUUUAGGAGGACAGUGCCUGCUGUUCACAUGGCACCUGAAGAUGUUCGAUGGAUGGUUGGAGCAUGGAGGGAGAGGAUCAUUGUAUGCAGUGGUAAGUAUGGCCUUGCUCAUGGCCUGGUCAAGGCAUUCAUGGAUUGUGGCGCCAAAGCAGUCAUCUCGUCGUCCAUCGAGCCUCCGGAUUCCCAGACAAUAGCCUACCAUGGGAUGGAUGUGAAUGGAAGCCUAGAGAAUGGGAAGUUUGUCAUCGGGGAUGAAGAAGCCGACGAAUCAGAGCCUGAACCUGUUAGCCCUAUAAGUGACUGGGAGGACAGUGACGUGGAGAAAGGUGGCAACCAUGACAUGGAUGAUGAGGAGUACCUGGCUCAGUUCAUGUGCCUGAUGUAUGACAAAUUGUUCCGUGAGGGUGUGACUGUGGAUACAGCUCUGCAGCAAGCCCUCCGCUCCCAUCCCAAGUUGAAGUACAGCUGCCACUUACCCAACGUUUUGUAG